AUGGCAGACAACCAACCUCCCGAAGACUUCUUCGGCAAGACGACGCCCAUCCAGUUCCUCGUCGGCGGCACCGUGGUGCUGUUGGUCUCGCUGCUCCUCAAUAUCUCGCCCGCCCAAGACCCGGCCGAGCCCCCCCUGAUCAAGCCGCGCAUGCCGGUGAUCGGGCACUUCUGGGGCCUGUUCCGGGGCUACGCGGCCUACUUUACGCGACUGUACGAGCGCACGUAG